GUCCCCAUUUUCUCAGCUAGCGAAUGUCUUGGGGGCUGGGCUGGAAGCGCCCGGUCGAUUCAUUCCACCUCACGCUCGGCUAUGGCGAGCAAUCCACUAAUCUCCGCAGCAGGCAGGACAAGGCUGAGGAAUCUGAGAGAGAGAGCCAGAAGGCGCAGGAGGAUCAGGAGGAGGAAGGGAAGAAGCGCAAGCAGCUCGCGCAUCUUGUUCUUCCCGAUGCGGCAGAUCUAGCAUCGGAAUGUAGAUUUCGCUUCCAAUUCGACUGGUCGGCCGCCGACGACGACGAUCAGACCGCUCUCAAGCUCCAAUCCCAGCUCAUGGUGGCGUUACCGACGCCCCGGGACGAGGUAUGCGUGAGGCUUUUCUUGGAUUUGGAGGAUCCGGACGCCGUGAGGGUGAGAGUGAGCAUGGGAGUGAGGGAGAAGCGUGAGCAUCUCAAGGUCUUAUCGCUGUCGCGAAGCAUCGGGUCGGGAGGCCCUCCGGUGGAAAAUCUUGGAGUUCUAUCCAAGCUUUUGGGGCCAGCCAAUUUCGCCGAUAGCGCACUUGCGAAUUCGCAGCAGUGGCACGCGCUCCAGACUUUAAAUCUUGCCAAUUGCUCGCUCACGGUGCUUCCUUUGGAAUUGACCAAGCUGCCAAUGCUACGAAAGCUCCUGCUUGACAAUAACAAAAUCAGCGCUCUUCCAGCGGCGAUCGGGCAGCUCUCGCAUUUGCAAGUUCUACGUGUGGAUCAUAACAUGCUUGUUUCGUUGCCUGCUGAGCUCAAGCAAUGCGCGGCAUUAGAAGAAUUGUCUCUGGAGCAUAACAAGUUGCUGCGCCUUCUUCUUGACUUCAGAGCAAUGACCAAGUUGAGGCUGCUACAACUUUUUGGCAAUCCCUUGGAAUUCUUGCCUGAGAUCCUACCGUGCGAAGCCUUGCGCAUUCUUUCGCUUGCAAAUGUUCACAUAAAAGCAGACGAAGAUCUAUCCAACAUAGCCAUAGACAUUGAGACCGAGAAUGCGUCGUAUUUUGUUCAAUCAAAGCACAAACUCAGCGCCUUUUUUGCUCUAGUAUUUCGGUUCUCGUCCUGUCAACAUCCUCUUUUGGCAUCAGCGCUUGCGAAGAUUGCUCAAGACCCUGGCAACCGUGCAGAAAUGGGAAAGGACGAAAGUGCUGUUCGCCAACUCUUAAGCAUGAUACUAAGUGACAAUCGCCACGUGGUUGAGCAAGCGUGCGUGGCACUCUCGUCUUUGGCAACAGAAAACCCCAUAGCACUACGACUAAUAAAGGCUGAUACUGUCGAGUCCAUUGAAACUGUUUUGAAGUUCACGGCUCCCGAGCUUCUUACUUCGGUUCUGAAAGUUAUUGUCAACCUUGCUUUCUCGUCUGAUGUCAUUGCGUCGAAGAUGCUUACUAAGGACAUUUUGAGGCGUCUAAAACAGCUAUGUGCUCAUGAGAACAUAGAGGUACAACGUCAAGCCUUGUUAGCUGUAGGAAAUCUUGCAUUCUGUCGAGAGAACAGACAGUUACUGGUAACUUCAGAAAGCUUACGAGAUUUGCUUUUCCGUCUAUCUGGUGCCACAGAUUCACGUAUAUCCAAGUCCGCUGCACGGGCCUUAGCUAUACUAGGUGAGAAUGAGUAUCUCAGACGAGCAACAAAAGCCCGUUCUGUUUCGAAGCAAGGCUUGAGAAUAUUGGCCAUGGACGGGGGUGGAAUGAGGGGUCUUGCAACCGUGCAGAUGCUUAGGAAAAUUGAGCAAGGAACUGGAAAACGGAUUCAUGAGAUGUUUGAUCUUAUAUGUGGCACAUCGACGGGUGGAAUGCUUGCCAUUGCUCUUGCAAUCAAACAGUUUAGCCUUGACAAAUGCGAAGAGAUAUACAAGACGCUGGGAAAAGUAGUGUUUGCCGAGCCGAUUCCAAAGGACAAUGAAGCAGCCACUUGGAGAGAGAAACUAGAUCAACUCUAUAAAAGCUCGUCACAGAAUUUUCGUGUUGUGGUGCAUGGCUCUAAGCAUCAUGCAGACCAGUUUGAACGCCUCCUAAGGGAGCUUUGCGCGGAUGAAGAGGGCGACCUUUUGAUAGAAUCUGCAGUUAAAGGGGUUCCAAAGGUAUUUGUGGUAUCGUCGCUAGUCAGUGUCAUACCAGCCCAACCAUUCGUGUUCAGAAAUUACCAGUACCCAGCGGGAACUAUCGAGACAGCUCCAUGGACUAAGGAAGGACCAGCUGUAUCAGUUUCAGGAACACCUGCAACUGCCGCUCCUUUAACAACUCAAGUAGGUCCGAAAAGAUGUGCAUUUUUGGGAUCGUCUAAGCACCGUAUAUGGGAGGCUAUAAGGGCAUCAUCUGCUGCUCCUUACUACCUGGAUGAUUUCUCUAUAGAUACAAAUCGAUGGCAGGACGGAGCUAUCGUUGCAAAUAACCCAGCUUUGAUUGCAAUUCGAGAGGCACAGCUUCUUUGGCCAGACACUUCUAUUGCAUGCUUAGUGUCCGUUGGAUGCGGAAAUGUUCCAACAAAGGCUCGUGGAAAAGGAGGCUGGCGAUAUCUAGAUACCGGCCAGGUUUUGAUCGAGAGUGCCUGCUCUGUCGAGCGGGUAGAAGAAGCCUUGGACACGCUUCUGCCUUUGCUUCCCGAUCUUCAGUAUUAUCGUUUUAAUCCUAUUGACGAGCGAUGCAUUAUGGAACUGGACGAAACUGAUCCGGCUGUUUGGCUGAAACUUGAGGCAGCUACUCAAGAGUAUAUCGAUGCGAAUAUUGCUUCAUUUCAUGCAGUCUGUGACCGCCUACUGAAGUUGUCACUAGAAGAAGGAGCCCGACCAGCAGCCAAGGGAUGGCCUUCGAAGAAAAAUGACAGUCGUCCAGGACUGGGAUGGAGACGCCGACUUCUUCUCGUGGAAGCAUCCCGUAGUCCCGAGAUGGCGAAGCCUUUCAAGCAUACUCGAACUUUGGAAGGCUAUUGUGCUCGCAACAGCAUCAAGAUUGAGGUCGUUAGUAGCUCCGGUGGAACCUUACGCUCGGCAGCUUCUUCGUUCACGCCCUUGACGUCGCCAUUAUUUUCAAGCACACCGUUUCCAUUCAGUCCUGACAUCGCCUCACAGAUAUUGGGCCGCUCGGAGGUUCCACCUCUCAGCCUUGAUGGUUCAAAACAACUUCACACGCCUCCAGGUUCGCCUCCUUUGGGACCUCGGCAGCUUUAUGGUCCAGUGGCAACGUUGCACGAGAAGAUCCGAAGUUCUCCCCAGAUUGGAGUAGUGCAUUUGGCAUUACACAGCGACCAGAUCGGUCUAGUCCUGAGCUGGAGGACUGACAUUUUUGCAGUAGCUGAGCCAGGCGACAUGGGCGUGGAAUUUCUCCAGAAGGUGACAACAAGCAUACGCCAGUCCUUUGUAAAGAGCCAUGGGAGCAAGAACGUCCAGCUUCCAACGUACACUAAGCUGGAAGACUUGGUGUCAAGACACCCUCGUUUCGUACUAGAUGGAGCGCUACAUUGUUUUAUGGGUCGGAUGCAGAUGCUAAGCGAUGGCCAGGAAGUUGGAUCGUACCUCUUUCGUAGAGUACUUCCCGAUGCUCAUCUCACAGCAGACGACGUCCGGUGGAUGGUAGGGGCAUGGAGAGACAGAGUGGUGGUGUGCACCGGAAAGUAUGCCCCGAUCCCAAGCCUGGUGAAAGCGAUACUGGACGCAGGAGCCAAGGCCGUGAUCGCUCCCAUUGCCGAGCCGCCGGAAGUGAAAGCCGCCGAAUGUGGAGGAGAGAAGGCCGACUUUGAGAUUGGCGAGGAGGAGGAGGAGGAGGAGGACGGGGUGGAGUUCGUCCACCACAACGAGGGCGAUUGGGAGGACAGUGACAUUGACGAGGGGAGCGAGAACAAAAUGGAGAGGCGAGAAGUGGAGGAGCGGGGAUUGUCGGCCUUCAUCUCGUGCCUCUACGACGAGCUCUUCAAGAACGGCGUUGGAGCGGAGAGCGCGUUGCAAAGCGCCGUGGAUUCGCAUCCCAAGCAGGCCUAUCGCUGCAUUCUCCCGGCAAAGGAUUGAAAAGAGAGAGUCAACGGUCUAAGAUUUUUUGACUUGUAAGUAUAUUCUUUUAGUAAGCUCUAAUACGAGUCAACGGUCACAAAA